AUGAUUUCUUACCGCCAUCCUUACCAAGCUGUCUCGAAUGCUCAAUGGACGCCAUUUCUUCGUCUCAAUUACGCAGGAAGUCCGGAUCCAGAAGAUAUUACAACAAAAAAGAGAAAAUUUUCGUCUGAUCAAGAUCCGGGUUUUAAGAAAGUUACAAUUGUAAUUCAGGAGACACAAGAUACAAAAAUUCUAGACACUUCGGAGUCGCCCGAACAAGUGGAAAAAUUUAAUAACCGACAAAGAAAAGCAAAAACUCUUUUCACUAUCGACGCAUUACUGGGACAUUCGAACGAAAGCCCAAGCAAAAAGAGAAAACUAGAGCUUACACAGUCAACAAAAACCAAAGAUGAUUCAUUCGAUUCUGGUUUUGCAUCGUCUGAAGAAAACGACGAAUCGAUUAUUGGAUGUACUGGUGCAAAUGAUAGUGGAAUUUGUGUCAGUGAAUCACGAGAAGAAUAUGGACAAAUUCAUUCCGUGCCAACAGACUUACCUCAACCCAAACCGAAAAUGUAUUCACAUUUAUCGAAACACAGACCUCAAACAACAGAAAAGGCUAAAAGAACAAGAACUACAUUCACUCAGAAACAAUUAGAACGUUUGGAAACUGAGUUCAACAAUCAACAAUACAUGGUCGGAAUUGAAAGACGAAUACUUGCUAAAAACCUCAGACUCACAGAUGCGCAAGUAAAAGUUUGGUUUCAAAAUAGAAGAAUCAGAUAUAGGAAUGAGAAGAAGCGCGAACCCCAAGAAGAAGAAAACAACAAAUUGGACAUUCACAAACGCGAAGCGAUCGGAAAAUGUUAG